AUGGAAGAAACACACAAAUUCAUAAUUUUUUUCUCUUACAUAGGAAUUGGGUUUAACGGAUCCGCUUACCAAAAGGAUAAUAGUAAUACUGUAGAAAACAAACUGAUAGACAACUUAUAUGCAUUAAAUUUAAUCCCCAGAAUUGACUAUCCAUUUUCGAGAGUUUCAAGAACAGAUAAGGGUGUUUCAGCACGCAUAAACGCGCUGACUAUAAGGCUGAGAAUUAGACACUCACAUUUGUCUAUACAUGACAUUCAAAGAAUAUAUGUUAAAGAGUUAAAUAAAAAACUUAGGAACAUACAAAUCCUUGAUAUUCGCCAUGUGCCCAACUUUUUUGAUGCACGGCUUAAUUGCAUACAUAGAACAUAUGUAUAUUUUUUCAUCAAUAAAAAUUACAAUUUUGAACGAAUGAAUGAGGCCUCCAAUUUGUUUAUAGGAAAGCGCGAUUUUUCAAAUUUCUGCAAGAAGAGGAAAAAUAACACAUGCUUUAAAAGGGUCAUUUUAAAGUUCGAAAUCAGGAGCAUAGAUAAAAAUUUCUAUUAUUUUAAAAUAAAAGGAACGUCCUUCCUAUAUAACCAAAUUAGACAUAUGGUUGCUACUAUUUUUCAAGUGGGGAAAGGGGAACUUGAUCUGAAAGACCUAGCCGACAUGCUCAACAAUAAUUAUUGCAGGAAUAAAAACUACAAAAUAGCAGAUGAAAACGGAUUGCUACUACAUUCCUUCAAAUUCAGUGAUCUUAACUUUAACAUAAAAAUUGAUAACGUUAUAUUUACAAAUAUUAUGAACAAGUACAUACAAAAUGCUGUGCUUUUAGUUUCCCUUUGUUAUCCUCUGAAGAUCAAGAACCCAAGUGACAACUUUUUUCAAGAUAUAGAUGAUGGUCAAGAGGACUAUCCUUCUUAG